GCAAAAAGAAGAAAAAAACGUAUAUAUGCAUGCAUAAAAAGAAACGUGAUAAUACAAGCAGAAAAAAAAUCGUUUAACUAAAUUUGGAAUAAGUGGAGAAUAAAAAGCAAUUUUUGUGAGAAUGAGCAUGAAUAUGUGUUUGUGUGCGAGUAAAUGAGCAAUGUACGGCUAACAACAAAAAGCAAAGGAAGAAGUGCAAAAAAGUUGUGAUUGUACUAGAAAGAAAAAUCUACAGCAUAAAAGAAAUUCUAAUUAAAAAAAUAGAUGAAGUCGUUUUGAGUUCAAAGAAAGCAUAAAAUUAAUAGAAGUUAAAGUCACAAAUAUAUAUAUAUAUAUAUAUAUAUAUAUAUAUAUAUAGAAAAGCAAAAAAAAAGGAAAAUUUUUAAUAAAGUUAAUUGAAAAAGAGCGCACAAUAAUAAUUUCACUGGCAGAAAGUCGAAAAUUUGUACAAAGAAGCAAAGUAAAUUUCUUUGGUGUUAUUUUAUGGCCAAGGCUGGCCAGUCCGAGUGACCAUCAGUACACGCCUAAAGCAUAUAUUGUGUACAUGUGUGCCGCUUUGGCUAUUGUACUUCUUUUUUAUUUAAUUGACUUUUUUACCCAUUUGAACGUUUGGCGUGUUUGAUAAUUUUCAUCGGCCGCUUUGAAAGUUGAUUGAAAAUAGCAGUAGCAAAGGUAAAAAAAAAACAAAAAAAACUUGUUCUUCGAAUUGAACAAAUACUGAGCGCUGUCAAUAGCACAAGGCGUUAACGCCAACGUUGUCCGUCACCUUCAACAUUCGCAACGAUCACACUUGAGAGAGCAGCAACAGCAAUAGGAGAGCAAGAGUAACAACAAUAAUCAGUAAUCAGACAACAAAACAUAAACAACAACUUUUUUAAAAGGAAAAAAGAAAACAACGAAAUCGCUACAACAGCAAAACAGUAGAAAAUUACAGAAAUGGAUGAAGAUGAAAACAAUUUAGCCAAUAGCGACAUGAAUAACGACGACGAUGAUGAUGACACCGAUGUUGAUGAUUUUGAUGACGAUCUACUCGCCGGAGUAGAAGUAGCUAUGGCAGCGGCCACUGCCGCAUCAUUGGUUGAAUCGGAUGUGGAAAUUAUAACAUCACCCUCGAACUUGUCCAUUAGUUCAGCUACCGUAAAUAAUGUAAUAAGCGCCACGGCCGGCGAUGUGUCUGAUAUGAGGACGAUUGGUAGCAUCAGUGAGUCUGCGUCUAGUGAGCCGACUUCUAGGACAACAGUGGAUUUACCUUCAAGCCUCCUAGAGUUGCGAGAACUUGAGCCAGUUACCAGUAGGGAGGGAAACGAUAAUGAUGCAUUAGCUAGUAGCUCUUCAAUGGCUUCAACGUCAACUGGAAUCAGUAGCUCUUUCGAUUAUACAAGUUUAACAAGUGCAGCAGGUGUUACAACAAGUAGUUCUAAUAUUUCCGUCGGAUUAAAUAACGCAAAUACAAAAUUAAAUUUUUAUCGUAACUUGUCCCGUUCGACCAAAACAACAGUUGAUAGCAGCUCGGAAGCUGCUGUUGACGGUGCAUCGUCUAGCUGCAGUGGCGGCGCUAAGCCUAGUUUUUGCUUCGGUACAUCUUCGUCCAGUUUGCGGACCCGUAAAGAAGUUGCCGCUUUUAUUAAUGCAGAAUGCUGUCGUGGUGGUCCCACGCCUGAUCUAAAUUCCAUCAUGGACACAUUAUUCAAUCCCAGCACACUUAUCGAUAAUCCCGAUAAUAUCGAGUGGAUACGUUGGCUAAUUGCAGGAGGUCGCACACCACAAGAAUUCGUCAAAAUUGUGCGCAGUUAUGAUAAUCAUGCUAAAUGUGGUCUGGUGUGGGUGCCACAUGUGGUAGCUUACCGAUGUCGAACUUGCGGUAUCUCGCCUUGCAUGUCCAUUUGCCGCGAUUGCUUUAAGAAAGGUAAUCAUACCAAUCAUGAUUUCAACAUGUUUCUUUCACAAGCCGGUGGAGCUUGUGAUUGUGGAGAUACGUCUGUAAUGAAGGCAGAAGGAUUUUGCAGUGAUCAUGGCAUUAAUAAUCGAGUAAAUAAGGAACCAGUACCCGCAAAUUUAUUGGCUGUUGCCGAGGCUAUUAUGCCGAAAUUAUUAUUUCGUUUAUUGCAACAUUUUCGCGAGCAUAGUGACGCUACAUCACAAACUUUCAAUUUAGCUGCCCAUUUAUGCGAGGAGUUCACCAACAUGUUAAUCGAUUUAAAUAAUAUGGGCGAAAUAAUGCGCAAAGUUAUGACGAGAGCUUUGAUUAGCAAAGAGGUCUACAGUUGUAAUGAUGUUAGCACACUUUCAUCUCGUCACGUUAAAGUGCUGCGAAGGAAUCGUGAAAAAUAUGAGGAAGCGGUGAAUCGAUUUCCUCGACCCGAACCGCCUGAUGAUUAUAAGGAUUUACCAGCUUUGGGUGCGAAAUUAGAGCAUACCACACUGCUUGAAGAAUUCAUAUUUUGGACAUUUAAAUUUGAAUUUCCUCAAAAUUUAGUAUGUUUUCUACUUAAUAUGCUCCCUGAUCAAGAUUACAAAGAGCAUUUAACGCGCACCUUUGUAAUGCACUACAGUCGCAUACCAUCUGUAUUAGAAAUGUCUCGGGAUCCGGACACAUUAAGCAAUCGCGUUGUGCACAUGAGCGUGCAGCUAUUUUCGAACGAAAGCUUGGCACUCAAAAUGGUUAAGGAACUAUCAUUGUUACAUGUUAUGAUCAUAAGUCUAAGAUUGAUGAUGUCCAAAAUACUCAUACAAAAUACUUUGCACGAUCCAGCGAAAAAUUUUCAUUUUGUAAUUGAUUGCACACGGCAAGUAAUGAAGGACCAUUGCUAUUGGCCAUUAGUAUCCGAUUUCAAUAAUGUAUUGUCCCAUGAAUCGGUGGCUUUGGUUUUCUUACGCGACGACAAUUUAAUAGAUAUGUGGUUUCAAUUCCUUUCCAUGUUGCAAGGUAUGAAUGUUAAUGUGCGUGAAACUGCCUCCCAUGUUGAAUUCGAGCCAAACUCAUACUAUGCGGCGUUUUCAUGUGAACUGGAAGCGAGUGCUUAUCCUAUGUGGUCGAUAAUCUCUCAUUUACAGGACGGCAAACAUGCUCAUUUGGCCAAAAAAAUUAUAAAUGAUUGUGUGACAACGCUCCACGAAUGGUUAGACGCCAUAUACUACCAGGAACCAAAAAUUUCACAGGAGGAAAUGUUACAAGCUUCAUUUCAUUUUCCUUUGCAUCGCUACUUGGCUGCUUUCGUUUGCCAGGCGGUUACGAAAAUGGGUAUGUCUCUUUCAGAAGUCUUACCUACACGGUCGUAUAUUCUUCCAUUACUGAUGAUGCAUCCAUUAAGAGUUCAGAGCUUCUUUUAUGAGAUUUUAGCCGGUAUAUGGGUGCGAAAUGGUUUGCAAAUCAAAGGCCAAGCAAUGACUUAUAUACAAGCAAAUUUUUGUAAUUCAAUGGCCGAUAUGGAUCUUUUCUUUUUGCAAAUUUGUGCAACGAAUAUGGCUCAGUCGUUCUUUUUACAACAUGCUAUUGAUAUGUUUGGUGUCAGCCAAUGGCUCGAGUUGGCCCCUUUAAAACAACCACAAAAAGUAGACCAGACGUCAAUGCUGGAGGGAUUUCUUACUUUUCUGGCUACUUUGGUUACAAGUCGCACUAAUCUAGGAAAUGAUGAGGCCACUCAAUGCAUUAUCGAAAUUAGUGCUUUACUCGCUACUGAAAAUAAAACGCAUUCUCAGUUGCUUGAAUUAAUGCCUGAGAGGUCGGGCAAUGUACACACUAAGAAUUUUGAAACGUUUCUGAAACAAUUGUCUGUCUACAAAGCGCCGUCGGCAGGUUCAGACAAUUUGGAGCAAGGUCUGUUUACACCGAUUGACGAAGUAUGGGAACAAUAUUACGAUCCUCUACACGUUCUGUUAAGGGCUGUACAUCGUAGAGAUUUUCAGUCGUCUUUGGAUCGAUUCACUAAUUAUGUGAAAUCAAAAAAUAAAAUGCCGGUAAGCGGUAAUUUGUGGCCGCCGUUUCGUUUGCCUCGUCCAGUGGGACCAGCGUUUAGUGAUCCUUGCCGCAUUCUUGGCUCACGAGUCUUCCAUUCUACUAUAUUGUCAAUACUUCAUAGAGCGGUAUACUCACGGGAUGUUUCCGAACACUUGCUCGCCUUGGCUAUAUUUCUUUUAGAAGUAGCUAUUGAAACUAGCGAGGAGACAAAGUUUUCCUGCAAUGAUAAAGCGGCCGUUGUUGAGUGUGAGGACAAACAUAAACCAUGUUAUCCGUAUGGUAUGCGGAGAGAACCACCCAAGUUGUUCAAAUGUUAUCCGACUGAUAACCUUAGUUGUAAUUUACGCCAUGUGGUAUCGAAAAUAUCAUUAAAAUCACAAGAUCCUAAGGUGACACCAGCCCAUUUCCGUUCUAAUCCCUUUUACUCAGAUAUAGAGUAUAUAGUUCCUGAUGGAUCAGAUGCCGCUAUGAAUAUGUCCACUACCUGGGAAUAUGAAGAAAUGGCUCGAAACUUAAGUGUAGUACGAAGCAAUCCGUCACCAAACGCAACUUCUACCGCUAUUGUACCGAUGCGCUUACAAAACAUGGAAGUAGCUCUACCGCCUGAUCUUUCAGUAGUACCCGAAACUGGUUUAGUUAUCCGUCAAGAUAGUCAAGACGACGAUUCUCUUAGAGAAACUAACAAUGCACUAGAAAAUGUUGGUUCGACUCCUGCCGUGGAAUUUCGAUUUUCAUUGCAACCCAUUACUUUGCCAGAGACGGGAAUGGAAGUAGCUUUACCUGAUAAUGCAAACAUAUCCGGUAACAAUAGCACCAGACUCGCAAAUCAACACCAGCCACACAAUCAGAGGCAACAACAAAAUGAAAUGUUCUCCCCUACAAAUAGCUCCUCUAUGGGUAUGCUUAUGCCUUUUCCUCGAGUACAACCUGUUUCUCUAUUACCCAGUAGUAACAGAGAUAUCGUGCCUUCUAAUCCAAUGGUACCCGGCGUGACAGCUAUAGGUCAUAUAGGCACACGCCGACCUUAUGAAAAUAUAAAUCGUAAACGAACUGUAGAUAAUGCAAUUGAUAGCCCCAAAGAUGAGGUUCCGAUUGAGGAGAGCAUACUCUCUCUAUUACUUAAAUUACAUUCUCAGCUUAGCGGAACCUUGGAUAGUUUCUCUCUAACUGAUGGUGACGAAGAAUAUAUAUAUGAUGAAGAACACACCGCCACACAAAACAUGGAUAUUGAUUACGAUGAGGGAGCCAGUACCUCUUCAGCAGCAGCCUCUAGUCAAAGUUCAACCCAGUUUCCAAAGAGGAGACAAAUUAAAGUAUCAGAUUCACGUAUAGGUGACGGUCCACACUUUAUUGGUAAUUUAUUAAGAAAAAUAGCGAAACACGACGAAUUGUGUGCCGAAAAUAUCGACGAAAUACGCCAACGCCUUUGGCCUAAUCAAAGAGAAAAGCAGGCUGAGCAGAAGGCACGUGAAGCCAAAGAGAAGGAAGAACGUCGUAAAAGAGCACGCGAAAGGCAAAUGAAAAUGAUGCAAGAAUUUGCCAAUAAACAAAAAGAGUUCAUGCAGACCGCAGCGGCCAAUAAUAUGGACACUGGUAUUGACGAUGAAGAUGAAAUAUAUGAAGAACAACCUCGUGAAAAAGAAUAUGAUUGUAUAAUUUGUAAUUGUACGUCAGCGAGUACUGAAUCGAAUCCCAUUGGCCUUGUUGUUUUGGUGGAAUCAAGUGGCAUUGUGGGUCAUCGCAGACGGAGUCCUGAGCGCCUGCCUUUACCUUUAUGUUCUGACGAUGAAGAACGUCUUAAGCACAGCUCACGUUUAGCCAACGAAUUUAAUCGUCGCACAGAACUGUUAAGCUUAAAAUACGGAGAAGAGUCGUGGUAUUUGUCAAAUAACAUGGCUUACGAGAAUGGUGUUCACGUGCAAUCGUGUGGUCACCACGUUCAUCUCAGUUGUUUAGAUGCUUACCUCAAAACUUUGUAUGCCACACAAAGGCAACAUUUACAUGAACUUGGUGAGUUUUACUGUCCUGUAUGUCGGCAAUUGUCAAAUUCGGUAUUGCCUUUGAGUCCACAAUUGGAUAGACCAACACCAAUGGUAAGAUCGGGUGUUCAAUCAUUUGAGCAACUUGUGGCAGAGCUAACAAAUCUUAUUAAGGAGAAUGAGAAACCACCGCAGACUUCUACCAAGCUAUCGGAAGCCAUGGGCCGUGCCAUGAAAGACAUGACUAAUAUAACGCAUGGUAAAAUGAAACGUGUACCCCCGACGUUUCGUAGUUUGUUUAUAUUCGUGACGUCAAUAGCUCGCACUAAUUUGGAAUCAGAAAUUAUCCAAAGAGGAGGCUCACUAUGCUCAAUUAAUGCUACUCGCUACAAACCAAAACGAGAAUGUAUAGUACCGCUAUUGCAUGUACUGUCAGUCCAUGUGCGGGUGCUUGCGGAAUGGCCAUUGUGGAGUUCUUGGGCUUCAUUAGCGGGUAUGACAGUAACUGAAACAGCGCCAGCACCUGCGCAUUGCCGUGAAGUGAUACCGAGUCUUUUGGCAGAUCCGAUAGCAUUGUUAUUGAAGUUUAUACUAUUGGCUCCGUUGCAUCUGGAUCAAGAAUUUUUCACUUGUAUGGUCAAAGUAAUGUAUAAUCUGUUAUACUACCAAAUUAUUCUGCAACUAUGCGUAAGCCUUAAUGAUCUCGAGUGCGACUAUAUUAUGUCCCAUUUUAAUAUCACACCCUCGGCCGAACUGAGUCCAGCUUCAAGCCGCCGCAGCUCGGUUUUACCAGCAUUACCUACCAACAUUUCCUACUUAGGUCGCUCGAUGGCGUUAGUCUUAAAGCACACUAAUCGCUUAACUCAUCUAAGGCGUGAAAGCAUACCUUCCACGUCAGCGGCGGCUUCAGCGACUUUUUCUAACACUUCCUUAAACAUCUCGCCAUCGUCGUCCAACAAUUCUGUUUGCAAUGUCUAUGUUAACUUAAAAUCGAUGGAAAUGCAAUUGCAAACACUAUGCUUACCAUUUCUUCGAAUUGCGGCUCUGUUACGUCAACAUUUAUAUCGUCAUGAUAUGCCGGAAAUAUCCGCACCCGGAUUGGAAUUCGUUCGCCUGCUGUAUUAUCUUGAGCUGGUCACCGAUUCAAUGGAUUGGGAUUGUUUUAAUGCUUCCAAAGGUCUUUGCUUUAUACGUGGUACCGAAGAAUCCUUACCUAAAUUCUGGUGCGAGCAGCUAAUGAAUAUAAGACCACCAUUAGACACAAUUGGCGAAUUAGUUAUGAUUAAUCAACAUGUCGCUUGGCAGCAACCAAAGUUAUUGGAACUACCGCGCGAAUAUGAACGUUUAUUUACGUAUUAUCAUGAACGACCAUGUUUAAAUUGUUAUAAAGUACCAAAGGAAAGUUCAAUAUGCCUACUUUGUGGCACAAUAGUUUGUUUAAAACAGAACUGUUGCGUCGAGAAAGAUUGCUGUGAAGCGGUUAGACACACAAUUAUUUGCGGUGGUGGUAUUGGCAUAUUUUUGGUUGUCACCUCAACAUAUAUCAUUGUUAUACGCGGUCGACGAGCUUGCCUAUGGGGUUCUUUAUAUUUAGACGAUUUUGAUGAAGAAGAUCGUGAUCUAAAGCGCGGUAAACCGUUGUAUUUGAGUCAAGAUCGUUUCAGUUUACUGGAAGCACAAUGGUUAUCACAUAAGUUUGCCCAUACAAAACAGACUUGGGUAUUUCACAGAGAUCUCUUGUGAAAUAUGGAAGAUCUAUUGCGUAGCAUACAGGAGUUGGUAGGACAAAUUUAAAUUAAAAAAAGAAAAAAUACGGAAAAAAAGGAAAACAAAAAUAAACAAAAAAAAAAA